AAAAUAAAAAUUGUAUGUAAGAAAGUUUUAGCCGAACCGAACUAUUUUGAUGUAAACAAUGUCUAAUUCAGGCGAUGUUAUUGAUUUGACGAAUUCUUUUAUUUUAACUGAUCAUUGUGGUAUACCCAACGUUAUAAUUGACUUGGACUCAGAUGAUUCGUUCUGUGUAGACAAUGACCGACGUGACGACAGAGCAUCUGUUAAUACCCAGUGCUUUGCGAAAGGUGCUAAACCAUCAUUAAGACUAACUGCAAUUGAAAACACAAAUAAAAAGAAAAAAGCAAAACAAAAAUCACCUACCUCCAUAAAGGCAAAAGUGAGAUCUUCAUUACCUGGUACUAGCAAAAAGUUUGGAGGCUGUCCCAUAUGUUGGGACGAAUUAGGUAAAAACCCUUUGGCAUCUACUAAAUGUGGACAUGUGUACUGUAUGAAAUGUAUAGAGGGAUAUCUUAAAAUUCAAAAGAAAUGUCCCACUUGUCGACAAAGUUUAAAGGGAUCUUCUGCAUACCAUGCUCUUUAUCUAUAAAAAGUUUUUUAUAAAAACUGACCACAUGCACAGUUAAAAUGUACAACCUACCAAUGCUAUACUUGCAAAAAAUAUUCUUGCAUGUGAUAUGUUCACUUCAGUAAUAUUUUUUCAUAUUCCACGGAACAUUUGUCCAUGAAAUGCAAUCAUUAGAAUUAGUAAGUUAUUUAUAAUAGUUUUAAUUUGUUACAAUGUUUUCUUAUAUUUAUUUGCAACAAUAUACAGUGGUGAACAACCAAUUAGAUACAGGGCGAACUCUGAACCUCAAAACAAAUAAUAGUGUUUCUAAUUUCUUGUCCACUACAGCAUGCAUAGUUAGGAAAAGAUUAUUAUUCAUGAAUGUAUAUAGUAAGUUAUAUUUAAGACUUUGAUUAGUUUUUUUAUUAAUUUGUACACUUUUGACUUUAUAACAGUACUAGUCUUGGGGUGAGUUGCACCAUUUAACUAUAACGAAAUGACUUUCGGUUGUCAAAUCGCCGAUUUGAACACACACUUAGCAGUGGCGGCGUAGCAUCGGGUGGCACCCGGGGCGAACUACUUAUUGAGCACCCCUCUCCCCCCAGAAAAAAAAGCGACAAAAUAUAAUCACGUAGUAAAAAAAAUCAUACAGAAUUAACACAAAAGUACCCAAACAUGUUUGAAAAAAGCACCGCAAAGUGAAGAAUCCGCGAGCGAAGCGAGUUCGAAAUUUUUGAGUUUUUAGACACAGAAGCUCAAAAAAAAGUUAAAAAAAGCACUGUAAAGUAGAAGGGCGCGUAAGUUUUGAUACUUGUGACGCAAGAAGAUAUCUAAAGAGAUUAGAGAAAAUUACUGUCAAGUGUAAGGCGCGAGCGCAGCGAGCGCGAAAUUUUUGAGUUUUGGAACACUCGACAAGUUAAAGUAAAAAGUAAAAAAAAAAAACGACCGGAAAUUGAAGCAGCUGCGAGCGAGCUCAAAUUUAUUGAGAUUUGGGACACCAAAGUCCUCCACCACCUCUUACAAAUAGCGCCUAAAUAGCUUAGAAAUAUCUACUUUAAAAAAAAUAUUUUUAUUGUUUUUUUUUUAUUACUCUAAUUUAACUCAGAAUUAAGCACAAAUUAAAAGAAACCGUGACUUAAGCGAGCGUCAGUUUUUUUUGUUAUUUCGGUGCUUUUUUUUUUGCUAGAUUGAGGACUCAAAACGUAAGCAUAGAACAAAUUAGAAAUGAAGAGAAAUACAUGAAUUUUUUUUCUAACUUUGAGGAAUUAAUUAAAGUAAUCAGAUAAAAGCAAAAGUACAAGAGGAGGGUGACAGUCGAACUGAGAGGUGUGACCGCCUCGAUGUCUCACACAUGCACUGUUGUAGUUUUGUUUAAAAUUUGAAUAUCGCGCAGUAAAUGGUAGUGAACCUAGGCUUCGCAGAUUAGAAGGGCAACCUUAGUGACUUGUCCCUUCUGCCCGCGCCAUCCUGGUCGUGCAGCAGAUAUGUGCCGACCGAGAUGGCACCCCCCGAGAUGUGGCACCCGGGGCGGACCGCCCCCUCCGCCCCCCCCUUACGCCGCUACUGACACUUAGUAACUGACUAGCUAAUUCCAUGGCUUAUUAUUAUGGUUAAAUGCUAUACUAGUUACUUUCUGCUAGGACUGUCAUGGCCUUUCCAAUUGUGUAUCAGUACCAUUUAAGAGUUUCCCCUUUCUUUACUUGCCUACAAAAUGCACAAUUUAGUUUUAUGUAUCAAUUGUAUCAUUCAUCACACAAAUUUAAUUUUAGAUGAUUUGUAAUGUUCUAUUGUCAUAAUUGGGGCCCGGAUAAAUAUAUAUUAAAAAAUCUAAAAUAGUAUAGUUAUCAGCACGGAUAUUGAGCCCUGACCUUCACCUGCGCAGAAGCGAUUUAUUGGUUUAUUGCCUUAUGUGUACAGUGCGCAAAGC